AUGACCGUCGACGCGAGACAGAAUGGACAGCCCAGCAACACCGUGGAACGUGUGGCCACGAAGCUACCCUACCAUGAGAACGCUGCUGAACGAAUCACCCUUGGAAUCUUAACCCUAUUCGACAAGCUUCGAAAACUCGACACCUUACAACCGGAUCCAAUCAACGGGAGACUCUUCAACCAGCUGUUUGACCUCGUGACCAUAUCGAAAACGACUACAAGCCAAGAAGAAAGGAUCCUGUCUGACCCGCGGGUACAAGCCAUUAUCCCAGAGCUGCGACAAAUUUGGGGUGAUGCUGAGUACCUCCUGGAGCUGGAGUUCGCGCGUAAGGUCAUCAGGGGUGCGCCCUCGGUAUCUGAAUGCCGACAGCUCUACGAGAGCUUCCCGUACUUAGACCAGUACCGCCAGCUGGCUCGCAUGGAAACCAACACGCUUGACACCGCAAUCGGCGAGAAAGGCCUGCCGCCCGUUCGCAAGAUAGCCUUCCUUGGGUCCGGACCAACGCCAUUCUCAGCACUGUGCUUCAGGGAGAGGUUAGGUCCGAACGUGGAAAUCGUCAACAUCGACCGCAGCGAGGAAGCAAUCGACCAUGGCCAGCGAAUGGCCCUCUCGCUAGGGCAUGAGUUCUCUGGGAACAUGAGCUUCGUUCGUGCCGAGGUGGCCGUCUCUGCUUCUAGUCCAUCAACCUCCAACGGUGAGCAAAACGCGCCGGCCUCGCCUGCUGCCCCUGAGGCGCUGGCACUGACGGAUCUGAGUGACUGCGACCUCGUUCACUUUGCUGCACUGAUCGGCGAGACGGAAAGAGACAAGAGGGAUCUGCUCAUAGCGGUCGCCAAAGCCAUGAAGCCGGGUUCUUUGAUUAUGCUCAGGAGCACAGACAGCUUGCGGCAGUGCCUGUAUCCCAAGAUGGAUGUUGACUGUUGGGAGGUCCUGAACGUGGUUAGCCCCGUUCUGGCAACAAGGUAUUUUGGAGCCUCAACCAGCCUGACGACAAUUGUUGUCAGUGUGGAUGGUUAG